GUUGGGCCUAUGAGAAGACACUUGGGUUUUGUAGCCCAUUUAUUGAGCUAUCAAUCAAUCUUUCCAGCCCAGGCCCCUUAUCAGUCAUCCCUUUCACUUGAAUCUGGAACUUCGACGAGGGUUUAUCCAGUCAGAAGACACUGCAGUUAACCAUAAAAGACAACCAGAGAACCUCUUCCUCUCCUCGUCCUUGCUCGCAGCUCUUCAUUCCUUCGUUUUCAAAAGUCGAAGCUCCGCUAAUGGCGUCCAUAAAUUUCAAUCCAUUUGGCGAGAACUGGUUCAAAAACCCACCAAAGCUACCAUUUCAACCAAUCAACCUCGUGUCCUUACUCUUCAAACCCUAUUCAAAAGCAACGAACUUUGCUUCCAUAUCCAGCUCCUUCUCCAAAAAGGAGAAAAAAACCGAACCAGAGGAGGAGAAAAAUCCUGCGAAAUAUAUCGAUAUGCUGGAGCAGUUCUACUGGGAGUGCGAGAAUUUGCCCGAUUACAGGCACACCCCUGAGGUUGAGAAGAUUCUGCAGGAAGACCCAAUUUUGGAGACGAAGGAGAACCCGACCCCGGAGGAGAUUAAGGAGAACCAGGAGUGGUGGGAAGAGUUCCGUGCCAGCCCGGUUGUGCAGUUCUUGGCCCGGACAGAGGAGAUUGUAGAUAAGCUUAAUGAGAUCGAGCUUCGGGAGAAUUCCAGACCUUACCGGUCAGAAGAUAGGAAGUUUUGGCGGUCAGUGCCUCAUGUGCUUGGGCUGGACGGGAGGCCGAUGCCUAGGAAAGCAAUAAAAAAAGGAAAACAGGCAGAUGAUAAAUUCUGGGAUUUUGCUAGACAGUUCUUUUUUGGGCUUUGGGGGUUCCGGCAGCGGCCGUAUCCAUCGGGCAGGCCCAUUGAUAUUGCUCAGGUCAUAGGUUAUAAGAAACUCGAUGACCGCUAUUAUGACUCACCUUACGAUGUUCAUGACCAAUUGGAUCCUGACGUACCAGUAGAUCGAUUGGGCCGUACAAGAGGACCUAUGGAACUAAUACAGCUUAAAACUGCUUGGGGUGGUGGAAUAAUUGACAAGCACACAUUUAUUUGGGGUGAUGACCUCGACGAAUGGGUGCCUAUAAGCAUGAUCUAUGGAAUGGAGCGUGCCAUUUGCACUUGGGACGUUAAAUUAGGUGCUGCAGCAACAGCUUUUCUUCAUAAGCUACAAAAAGGCAUUCCGCCUUGGGUUCCUCUCAAGGGGCACGAGCACAAAACCUACAAACAGAUGCAAGAAGAAGCAUAUGAAAGCAAGAACCGCGAUUUAGCUGUUUUAAAGGCUAAUGACGGUGUUUGGCCUGGCAUGAGGACUCCAAGUCACGCUCUUUUCCUCUGGGCUAGUGGUUCUGAGCUCACAUCACUUAUGGAAGAGGAUUUCAUGCCUAACAAAUUCAUUCCCCGGGAUAUUAGGUUCUAUCUUUUGUUUUUCCCUCUGUCAAUGAAUUUGGAUCAACUGGCAGAAAUUAUUCCUGGGUUGAGGCCAUGGGAGGUUUUGAGCAUCGAGCAAGCUAUGGAUCAGAUCACUUAUGGUGGGGAGUGGUACCGUGAACCUCUUGGCCAUUUCACCACUGGCCCUCCAUACAUCAGAAAGUACAGCAAAGACAUUAAGCGGCACUAUUUCAAUUUGCGCAGAUUUAUGAAUUGUCGGUACAAGCAAGUGGCGAGGGGGAUUCCAGGGUUCGACAAGUUAAUCAAGAAAUUAAGAGAAGAGUGGGUCGAAAUUAUGGCCAGAAAGAGAGAAAAAUUGGCCGAGCUAAAGAAGUCAAAGCGGAAUUCACCAUUCGACUGAAGCCAAAGCUGAUGGUAGUAAACAAAAUGUCUGGUGAACUUCCCUUUCUACUUUUGUCCGCUACAUGAGCACACACUAGCUCAUGUACAUUAUUAUAUCAAUAGGAAGAGCAUGGCAG